CUCUUGAUCAAUCCAAUCUGUACUAAACACCCAUCAAUAAGAGCUUCACAAUAUCCAGUUCUGCUAAAAUGGCAAACAACAAGAUGAAGGGCCUUCUGAAAGGCCUUAGAUAUAUCUCUCAAAUAUUUGAUGGUGAUCAAAAAGAACCAGAAAUGCAGAUAGGGUUUCCUACAGAUGUAAAGCAUGUGGCACACAUUGGUUGGGAUGGACCUUCGGUAAAUUCCCCAGGCUGGAUGAACGAGUUUAAACCACCACCAUCACCAGGUUUUUCAUCAGCACCUUUGAAUCAUGGAGAAAGAGAGAUUAAGGAAAAAACUCCCGUAAAAUGGGUGUCUGAAGAUACAAGCAGAAGAGGUGGGCGUGCUACUCCAAACUCUCCAGCACGUGACCUACCCGAUUUGCCUAAAUCAUCAAGACGCCGCUCGUCCACGGAGGCUGCACCCGGCGAGGUGUCUGGUGUUGAGUCGCCGACGAAAGCAAAAGCCGACAAAGCACGGCAAUCAAGGCGAUCUUCGAAGAAUUCUGCAAAGAACUUGCUGGACCCCACAAAAUCGGGUCAAGUAACUGAUUCACCACCGUCUAGAACCCUACCAGACGUGCCCAAGAAAACGCGUAGGAAGAAUUCGAAAGAGUGCUCCGUCAAUGGCAGAACAAACGGUUCGUCGAGAUCCAAAGCCCAAGCUGUCGAGUUGGAUAACGGGUCGGAGUCCGGAUUCGUUGGGAAGGCAAACAGCAACAAUGAGCAUUGUCAUGCUUCGGCUUUGAGCGCUCUUGAAGAAGUGGAGCAAGGAUUUACACGAAUUUCUUGAGAGGAGAAUUUGUUUGUUUGUUUAUUUAUUUAUUUAUUUAUUUUUAUUUGUUAGCUAGAAGCCUAGAACAAUCAUCAUUUGCUUAAUUAGUGCUCACUCUGAAUUUUCAUUUUUUAAUCCAUUAUUUUAUUAUACUAUUUAAUUCACUA